UCAAUUUUGACCGGAAUAAUUAUCUUCCAAAGUAAUUUAAUUGAUUAUUGUAAUCUUGUAAUCAUGAGUGGAUCAGGGAAAGGCCUUCUGGGUCUCUGGUUGUACCGAAAUGGUUCUGACUGGCAAGUAAAGAAUGAGUCACCUCAUCAUCCCAAACUUGGUGAUCUUCAAGCACAAGUAGCUGCUCAGCAGCAAGCCCACGCUGAAGGCGAAAGGAUUUCAGUGAUUUUCACCUUGAAGAAUCAAGUCGGAGGGCUGGUUCGAGCCUUGUCUGUUUUCCAAGAUCUGGGAAUAAAUGUUCUCCAUAUUGAAUCAAGGAAGUCUAUGACAGCUGUGUCUUCUGCUGACAUUCUAGUGGACGUAGAAUGUGAUCCAAAUAGGAUGGAACAGUUAAAGCGAAUGCUAAAACGUGAAGUUCAAGAUUUUGAGGUGGUUCCGCCUCAAUCUGGCGAGGAGUUUCCACCACCGACUCCUCUCUCGGCAGCUGCUAGUUUUGAUUUCGGGGAGAUGCACUGGUUCCCGCGUAAGAUCUCAGACCUGGAUCGAGCUCAGAAUGUCCUGAUGUACGGCUCUGAGCUGGACGCCGACCACCCUGGAUUCAAGGAUCCUGUGUACCGCAAACGUCGGGAGCAGUUCGCGGCCAUUGCAAACAACUAUAAAUAUGGUCAGCCCAUUCCUAAGGUACAGUACACCGAGACCGAAAUCAAAACUUGGGGUAUUGUAUUCCGUGAGCUGCACAAACUUUAUCAGAAACACGCUUGCGAGGAGUACCUGGAGAAUUGGCCCCAGUUAGUCAAGUACUGUGGUUACAGGGAGGACAACUUGCCUCAGUUGGAAGACGUGAGCGCUUUUUUGAAGCGCAAAACUGGUUUUCAAUUACGGCCUGUCGCCGGAUAUUUGUCACCCAGAGAUUUUCUCUCUGGUUUAGCAUUUAGGGUGUUUCAUUGCACCCAAUAUAUUCGUCAUUCAUCGGAUCCUUUUUACACUCCGGAACCGGAUUGCUGCCACGAAUUACUUGGUCACAUGCCACUGCUGGCAAAUCCGAGCUUUGCUCAGUUCUCUCAAGAGAUCGGACUGGCUUCUCUUGGUGCUUCGGAUGAUGAUAUUGAUAAACUAGCGACGCUUUAUUUCUUCACCGUCGAGUUCGGGCUGUGCCGGCAGACGGACGGCUCUUUCCGAGUGUAUGGCGCUGGUCUACUAUCAUCAGUCGCUGAGCUUCAGCAUGCCUUGACCACCUCCGAGAAAAUCAAGCGCUUCGAUCCUGACGUCACCGUUAACGAAGAGUGCAUCAUUACUUCUUACCAGAAUGCUUACUACUACACUGAUUCGUUUGAGGAAGCCAAGGAGAAAAUGAGGGCUUUCGCUGAAAGUAUACAACGACCAUUCGGGGUCCGCUACAACCCUUACACCCAGAGUGUUGAGGUGUUGAGCAACGCUCAGAAGAUCACUGCUCUAGUGAGGGAGUUACGAGGAGACAUCUGCAUAGUGUCGUCUGCUAUCAAGAAGAUUUCAGCCCAAGACUCCACUCUCGACGUGGAAACCAUCGCCAAUAUGCUACACACUGGCUUACAGGUAAACGAAAGAAGCCCACAAAGUACAUCUGGAUGCAGCACUCCUAACUCUGAACGUGGACAUUCACCUAAGCCUGAUGCCUGCAAGUAAUUCGACUCCCGACGACUUAUGGCCACGAUGAAAGGUUUUACGAUCUGCAAGACAAUAUUAUAACAAUAAAAUAUGUAUUAUGAUGACAAUAAGUUAUACCCACUUAUAACUAUAAUCUUUUAAAUAUUCC